AUGUCUCCAGGGUCCGUUCCCGCCGUUUCCCCGACACGAUGGGAGGCAUUGUCACUCUUCAACAAAGACCCGAAAGACUUUACGGAGGGUAAACUACACGGCACUCUGUAUCGAACCGUGGAGCAUUUAUCAACAAAGUUCAGAGUUUCCCUCUUCGUGGACGGCCUGGAUGAAUUUAAUGGGGAUCUGAAGUCUCUAAUAGGCCUUUUCCACAUGCUAGUUUCGAAGUUUCCCAUUAAAGUAUGCCUAUCGAGUCGCCCUUGGGUCGAGUUUGAGGCUGCUUUCAUGGCGAAGCCGCAGCUCAAGGUGGAAGAGCUCACGCGAUCCGAUAUCAUGGCGUACGUAACGGUUAAGUUCUGUGAGAAUCCAUACUUCUCUGAACUUCAACUCCGACAGCAAGAGAACGCGAAUAAGUUGAUCACGUCUAUUGUCAGCAAAGCGUCUGGUGUCUUCUUGUCGGUCAAACUGGCCGUUUCCUCGCUCCUGGCCGGUCUUAACUACGGAGAUCGGAUGGAAGACUUGGAGAGACGACUGGAUCUUCUCCCCGAAGAGUUGGAACAGCUCUACGAAAGGAUGCUAGACACCAUAGAUCCGUUUUACAAAGAACAUGCCGCGCAAUACUCCCAGUUGUUUCGGGCUUCCCUAGAACCAUUACUGAUCCACUUCUCUAUUGCCGACGAGACUGCCGACGAGACUGCCUUGACCGAUUUUGCAUUGCGCAUUUCUCCUCGAUUUUGGCUGGUGGAAAAUAUUUCGUCCCGGGAGAGGGACAUGCAGCGCCGCAUAAAUAGUCGGUGUAAGGGACUUCUGGAGGUUCGUCGCCGUCCCGAGGGCAGGGUGGCGACAGUCCAGUAUCUACACAAGACAGUCAUGGAAUUUCUCGAACGCGUCGAUAUUAGACAGGUGCCUUCUCUACGCAUCUAG